AUGGCUCGUCCCAUGGGGGCUGUUCGUCUCAAGAAGACGAAUCCCAUCACCCUUGCGCUCGGAGCGAUCCUGUGCAUCUUCAUCAUCGUCUUCCUUGUCUCGCCUUCGGGCAAAUCCGUCACCACUGGACGGUUCGAAUCCGUAACCGCAGAGCAUCAUUUGUCGCCGCCGACUUCACCGUACCGAAAGUCAAAAUCCCGAUCUGGCGUGCCUCUCAAGCCACCACCCGUCGUGCAUUACAACCUUAACAAUGUAAAUACUACCACCACGCCCAUCGAGAACCGCGAAAAUGUUCUCAUUCUGACUCCCAUGUCUCGAUUCUAUCCCGGCUACUGGGAGAAUCUUUUGCGACUGAACUAUCCUCAUGAACUUAUCACCCUGGGUUUCAUCCUGCCCAAGACCAAGGAGGGCAACCAAGCCACCGCCGAAUUGCAGGAGUCUAUCCACAAGACGCAGAAGCAUGGCCGCGAAGCUGAAAGGUUCAAGAGCAUCAUUAUUCUGCGACAAGAUUUUGAGCCUGCCAUCAUAUCUCAGGACGAAAGCGAGCGUCACAAACUCAAGAACCAAAAGGCCCGCCGUGCAGUCAUGUCCAAGGCUCGCAAUUCUCUGCUAUUUACUACUCUCGGUCCGGAUACCUCCUGGGUUCUGUGGCUGGAUGCCGAUAUUAUCGAGACACCGCCGACACUGAUCCAGGAUCUCGCUUUCUUUGACAAGCCGCUCAUUGUCCCCAACUGCUUCCAGCGAUACUACGACGAGGAGCACAAACAAAUGGCUGAGCGCCCGUACGACUUCAACAGCUGGCAAGACAGUGAGACGGCCCAGGCUCUUGCUGCCAAGAUGGGCCCUGACGACAUUCUCCUCGAGGGCUACGCCGAAAUGCCUACAUAUAGAAUGCUCAUGGCAUACCUGGCGACCGAGGGCGGCGAUCGCAACAUGGUCUUACCACUCGAUGGCGUUGGGGGCACUGCCCUCCUAGUUAAGGCCGACGUUCAUCGUGAUGGUGCCAUGUUCCCUCCAUUCUCCUUUUACCAUCUCAUCGAGACCGAGGGAUUCGCCAAGAUGGCGAAGCGAUUAGGCUGGCAGCCGUGGGGUCUUCCCAACUACAAGAUCUACCAUUACAACGAGUAG